CUUCUGUGUGAAGAAUAUAAAACGACCAAUAUGUUUCUUUGCAUCGAACAGAUCAUGGCUUCUCGGCUUGCGACCUCAUGAAGAUACUCAGGGUCUAUGGAGGAAGAAGAAGCCGAGGCAACUGGGCAAUGGUGAUCCAUUUCAAGCGAAACCUCUUCUCAUAUUUUAUCGCUGCGGCUCUCUUCACCUCUGUCGUUGAUGGUCAAUAUGUUCCAUUUGAACCAGAAGGCAAAGAAAAGACGACGUUCGACAUCAUGGUUGGGACCGUCGUGGCCGGCAUCGUGGUGUUUGCAGUAAUCGGAGUUGCCGUCUCAUGGAAGUACAAGAAGAGGCCAGCAAAAGGAGAUCUUGGGCAACCAGGGACGGUGGUGGUGCAUCACUCUGUGGAAGCUCAAGCAGCGCCGGCAAAAGUAGGGAAUAGAACAGCAUGCAGAACGACACCGAUUGCUGCAGCUGCACAUCACUUUACCUACAGUGAGAUCUUGAGCAUUAUGGGAAACUUCGGAAUGGUGGUGCAUUACUCGAUGGAAGCGGAAGCAGUGCCGGGAAAAGCAGGGAUUGAAAACUUCUUGAAAGAAACAACUUUUGCAGCCGAAGAAUCAGGAAUUCAUGCAGUUUGCGAAAUGUCAAGUAAGAGAACGGCAGACAGAACGACGCCGGUUACUGCAGCGGCACGUCACUUUACGUGCAAUGAGAUCCUGAGGAUCAUCGGAAACUUCGGAAUGGUAGUGCAACAUUCGAUGGAAGCUCAAGCAGCACCGACCAAUGCAGACAGCAGAACUGCCAUGGAAAAAACAGCUUCCGCUGCUAAAGAAUCCACAACCAACGGAGCCACAGAAAUGUCAAGUACUAAAACAGCUGAUGAAACGAAGCCGGUGGCGGCUGCUGCAAGUCCCUUUACUGACAACGAGACCUUGAGCUUUACCGGAAACUUCGGUCUGGUCAUCUUGCCUUAGACUUUCUUUCGUGUGUCUUUCUUUCUUUUAAAGUCGUGUUUGAUAGAGCAGAUAAGUAUGGACUCUUAUUUAUUUUGCAGUUAAGCAUUUGAAAUCCAUGUGAAAUUCUUGUAAGACAAUGUCAAGAUCAAGCAUUUUUGAAAAACCUUUUUAGGCAGUAAAACACAGCCAAAGCCUUUGGUGUUGGA